AUGGGUCUUGUCUGCCUGCCUUGGUUGAUUGCGGAUGCAAGAAGUUUUAGAAAACUGAAAUCUCUAUGGACCAGCAAAUAUCAAUCCGAUGUCCCAAAGGGUCAUCUAGCUGUGUAUGUUGGUGAAAUCCAGAAAAGGCGUUUUGUCAUCCCCAUAUCUUACUUGUACGAACCAUUGUUCCAAGAAUUUUUAAGUUACUCGGAGGAUGAAUUUGGAUUUGAUCAUCCAAUGGGAGGUCUAACCAUUUCCUGCCAUGAAGAUGCAUUUGUUGAAUUCACUGCAGCAUUGUAUGCUUCCUGA